AUGAAUGUAACAGAACAACUAUUGCAAAAUAUGGACAGAAUAUAAACUGAUACUUGGUAUGCAUACAUAAUAUAAAAUCAACUUUUCAAGAUGAAGUAAUUAAGACAUAAGUUUCAGAAGGUAAUUUGAGCAAAAUUAAUAAUCUUAGAAUUAGAAUCAAUCUUCAAAGUGAAACCGAUAUUAAGAUGCAAAAUUACUUUUACAAUAAUCAACCUAUUAAAGUUCAAAGUAAAAGGAAUAUAUAAAUAAAUUUUCAUCUUUUGCAUUUUUAAAAACUCACAGAAAUUAGUGGUAUUGUGUUAAUUUAUAAACUUUAAAAGUUAUAAAAAACUAAAUAUGAUAAAUUUAUUAUUUUAGAUUUAUAUUUUAAUAAUUAAUUGGAUUGA